AUUCGUACUUAUUGUUAUUUUUACGACUUGACUUAAUAAAAAGACUCCAGACUGUUGUUAUUAUUACUGAUUUUUGAAAUAACUUUAUUUUAAGUUAAAAGUAAUGAUAGAACCAUCAAGGUACUGUCGAUUGUGUUUAGAAUCAAGUGAUCCAAUAUCCUCCAUAUAUUUGCAUGUGCAACAGAAGUAUUUACCAAGUGUAAUAGAGAAUCUCUGUGGGGUGGUAAUAUCGCCGUACGAGGAGCCUGGAGCUUUAGUUUGCAACGAAUGCUCCAUUUCUAUUUUAAAUGCUGACGAAAUUGUAGCGAAAUGUCUGGAAUCAAAUAAGCUAUUGGAAGAUAGAAGAAACGUUUUUAAAAAAAUUGAAAAGUUGCAUCAAAACCAAUAUGAGCAUCAACAGCAGUAUAGCAAGGCUAAAAAGGAGGAAGAAUGGUUGUCGCCUCAUAGCGUCCCAUUAUGCAAAGAAGAACAAGAAGAAAACAUAUUUGAUGAAGUUUUAGAAGACCAACAGUCCUACAACUACUCCGACAACGACGUUAUUAAUCCGGAAAUGUUAGUUGAGUCCAUAUUGGAAAACUCUCUGCAUGAUUCGGAUGGAAAAACCAACACAACCAACAAACGUAGAUCUCGGAAGAAAUUGAAAAAAGUCCACGUAGAUGAGACUUGCAAUGACUUUAGUCAAAACCCUGCCGCUUUAAUGUACCAAAGUCAUUUUAAGACAAGCAAACCAAAGAAAUCUUUUACACGUAGCCGAGAACAGUAUUUGAAGCGCAAAAUUCGUAACUAUCCUGUAAAAGAACCGUUAACACUUAUCGGCGGAGAAGGUGUAGUACGAAAACGUAAACCCAAAUCCUAUCAUAGAGCAAUACCUAACUUUUACUUUCGCUGCGAGCUUUGUCAUGAAUUCGAAUCCAAUGUCGCUUCUUAUGCGGUUACACACCUUACAACCGUACAUGACAUCAAAAGACCAGCAAUAUUUCGGUGUUCGCUGUGUGACGCCAAACCUUUUAUUAAAAAUCAAUCCCUACAAGAGCAUAUUGCUACCAUACAUGAGCAGCAACCAAAAAAACGAAAUUUUGCGUGUCCGGAAUGUGGCAAAACUUUUAUUAAAAAUUGUCAUUUACAAAAACAUUUGCUCUCUGUACACAAAAUAGGUGAAAUGCCUUAUCGAUGUAAUAUUGUGCAAUGCGGCAAGGGUUAUGUAGACGCAUAUGCAUUGAAGAUGCACUUGAAGCAGACGCAUCAACAGGUACAUCCCGAGAUCUUAGAAAUUCAUAGAACUCAGCUUUGUGUAGAUGACAAAUCUUUAAAGAAUCAUACAAUGGAUAUAUCUCACGAUGCGCAAUGCUACAACUGUUUGCAAUGUGGUUACAAUUUUAGACAAAAGUCAAGAUAUGAGGCGCACAUAAGGCGGGCCACAUGUAAACCACCUUGUUUUGUGUGCCGCUUUUGUGAGAGGACCUUUGUCAAAUUAGUACAGCUAGAAGAACAUCAAAGAGAAAAUCAUAGUGUUUAAAACAGUCUCAAGUAUUUUUUAUAAAAUCAACUAUUUUUGGUUAUAUCUUAAUUUUUUGUAUUCCUUUUAUUUAUUUUUACAACUGAAGUGCGCAAUCUUAGAUUAGUAAAACUACAUGUAGUGUAGAUACCGAAUAAAUGUUUUAGCUAAAAAAAACUA